UUUGGCCACGCGGAAGGUUUUUAUCCAGCGACUGUUCGUGCUUUUAUUUAUUUAUUUUUUUUUUCUGUUCCCUUGGGACAUAGCCAUGGUGGUUGGAGGAGGGGUUAAGGAAACUAGGAGCGUUGAACUCUGUCAGGUUGAGAAUGCGGAGGAGGCGAAGGCGCCGCUGGCUGGAGGGCAGUCAGUUGGAACGUGCAGGAGGAUGAGUAAGAAGAAGAUGAGUGGUGUGGGGAUAUGUGGCGGCUGUGUGAUGGAUUACGGCAAUAAUCUUGGUUGGCUUGGAGGGAGGGCGGCCACUGGCGAUGCUCCUCAUCUUUUUGGCAGCGACGAGGUUGGGUGGUGGCUACCCGUGGACUGAAUUGGCUCAGUUUCUUUGAGAUUUAAUUGACAGAAGUUGAAAUUUUUUUAGGUUUGAUAUGAUUCUAGAAAAUCAAGAGUUGAAUGCAAAAUGGAUUCAUUUUGCUUUUAUGGCUGCUAGAUUUAGUUACGGGAGAGAGAAAUUAGGAUUAGUGUUAUGAAAAAAUUAUUAGUGGUACUAGACUAGUUAGAGGAUAUGUUUAGAAUUACUAUAUGUGACUGUUCUAUGUUGAGCAUUGUUGUACUGUAAUUGUAAUUAAAAAUUAUUUUAAUAU